AUGAAGUUCUCCGCCACUCUCACGGCUCAGGCCCUCCUCUCCGCCUGUGGCACUCAUGCCCUCCCCGCCGAAGGUGGCUACAACACGGUCAAGCUCGACGGCUACGGCAGCUUCUCGGGCAAGGUCGUCAACACUACCCUCAAGGGUGGCGCCCUCCCCACCGCCGUCGACGCCUGGCUCGGCAUAGACUAUUCCACCCAGCCCACCGGCGAGGCCCGAUUUGAGCCCGUGACCUGGCCCGAGCCCUUUGACGGCGUCAAGGCCGCUACCGAGUUCGGCAAGGCUUGUAUUCAGGAGGAAGCCUCAGUAGCCAUCGAGCUCCAGGACGAGGCUUGUCUCAACUUCAACGUCUAUCGCACCAAGGACGUGCCGCUGGAUCAGAAGCUUCCAGUCCUCGUCUGGAUCCACGGCGGUGCCUUUUAUGCCGGCAGCUACAUGAGCUUCGACGCUGCGUCCUUUGCCGCCUACUCCAAGGCCCCCAUAGUGGUCGUCCAGCUCCACUACCGUAUGAACUCACUCGGCUUCCUGCCCAGUGCCUUGUUCGAGCGCGAAGGUCUCCUGAACCUCGGCAUCCGGGACCAGGACCACUUCCUCAAGUUUGUCCAGAAGCAUAUCGCCUCGUUCGGCGGCGACAAGGACGCCGUGACCAUCGGCGGCCGCUCGGCCGGUGGCCACUCGGUCGGCAUCCACUACUUCCACAACUACGGCGAGGCAGCCAAGGAGCCCCCUCUGUUCGCCGGCGCCAUCCACCAGUCCGGCUCUGUGACGGCCCGCGCUUUCCCCAACGCCUCUUACCCGCUCUACCAAAAGCAAUACCAGGAAUACGUCGACUACCUGGGCUGCUCGCCCGACGAUCUCGCCUGCCUAAAGGCGGCCGACAUCAACAAGAUCCGAGACAUCAGCACCAAGCUCUACCACGACUACGACCCGGCCCUGACCUGGCCGUUCCAGCCCGUCGAGGGCGGCCCUCUGCUCGAGAAGUUUGGCUCGCAGUCGGGCUACGACCAGACCUUCCACAAGGUGCGCACCAUCACAUCCUCGACCACCGACGAGGCCAAGUACUACAUCCCGGGCACCUUUGAGACCGACAAGGAAUUCAUCGACUACCUUGCCAACAUCUCCCCGGCGCUUAACGCGACCGACCUGGCCCUGCUGGCCAAACUCUACCCGGACCCGGCCACCAACCCGGACUCCCCUUUUGCAAACUCCCCCAACAGCACGCAGUACAACCGCCUGGCGGCCGCGUGGAGCGACUACGCCUACAUCUGCCCGUCGCAGGAGACGGGCUACCGGGCGUCGCUGGCGUCGGUGCCGACGUGGAAGCUGCGGUUCGACACCAACGCCUCGUGGCCGGCGUGGCGAGGCAUCCCCCACACUUCGGACACGCGCUACACGUGGGCCGACCCCACGACGCAGCACCCGGACGUCUCGCACAUCUACCACGCCUACCUGGCCAGCUUCGUCACCGCCGGCGACCCAAACACGCACAGGUGGGAGGGUAGCCCCGAGUGGCCCGCCUACAAGCCGGCGGGUUACGGGCUCGACUCGGAGCCCGCGUCGCAGCUCGUCGUCAGGCCUGACCAGGGCACAAAGGUCGAGAAGGACGACAUCAGGAGGGAGCAGUGCCUGUUCUGGCGCGAUCCCGAGAGGGCUCCCAGGCUGAACAAAUAG